CCGGAAAAUGCCGAUAAACCCGGAAGGAGUUUUGAUGACGUGAACCUGAACCAGGAAGUUAUUGGGACAAGUUCGGCGACUUGAAUGCAAAGAAUCUUACAAUGUCGGUCCAAAAUCGACAAAGACCUGGCAACAGUACAUGUAUUUUGCUUAGUAAUGCUGAAAACGAUUUACUCCUUGGAUGUCUGGGACGCGGCUGUACGACACUGGCGUCGGGGGUAGUGCAGCUGUACCUGUCAGACUCCCCAGACAAGUCAAGAUGGAACAAGCGCUCCUCUGGCGUGGCGUCGUUUGUCAAAGACAACACCAAGCGUUCCUACUUCAUCCGAGUGUAUGAUAUCAGGAAACAACAGUUGCUAUGGGAACAAGAGCUGUACAAUCAGUUCCGCUACAAGUGUCCAAGAGAGUAUUUCCAUACCUUUGAGGCAGAUAGUUCUCAGGCAGGACUUAAUUUUGCAAGUGAAGAUGAAGCUCUGAAGUUCAAGAAUGCCGUGGAGAACAAGUUGGCUGAGAGACACCAUCGUAAAAUGCAGAAGACCCAGAAGAAGAGGAACACGGGUGCGGUUGGUGCCAGACAAGCUCCGCCACCGGGAGGGGCACCUGCUCAGCCAAACAGACCAGCUCCAGCGAACGCUCCAGUAACGCUGAACAUCGUGGACUCCAACAAGCAGAACGGAUCCAAGAAAAGUAACAAAGAUAAGAAAGACAAAAAAGGAGGCCCGAAGAAACUGACCAAGGAGGACAUUAGUACCCCGACGGACUUCAGACAUGUCAGCCAUGUUGGUUGGGAUCCAGACAAGGGAUUUGAUAUGAAUAACCUGGAACCAGACAUGAAGAUGUUGUUCCAGUCGGUGGGAAUCAAGCCAGAAGACCAAGUCGACAAGGAGACUCUCAACUUCAUCUAUGAUUUUGUUGAGAAGAACGGUGGCAUUGAAGCUGUCCGAAAAGAAAUGGCUGGUAGGCCUGCACCACCACCACCACCCCCUGCCUCUGUUGCACCUCUUCCUCCAGCUAGACCAGGACCAGGACCAGGACAAGGGGCCCCCCCUCCCCCUCCCUCCAGAAACACUGGACCUCCCCCUCCCCCUCCGCCUGCAGCACGUCAAGGAGCACCUCCACCCCCGCAGAGAAUCCCUCCCAGGUCCCAAGCACCCCCGCCCCCAGGCCGCCAGGGCCCACCAACUAGAGCGCCAGUAAUGUCCCCGCCACGCCCUACUCCAGCACCUGCUCCUUCUCGGCCCCCAAUGGGCAGUGCGCCACCCCCGCCUCCACCCCCAUCAGGAGCACCACCACCCCCUCCCCCAGCAGGUGCUCCCCCACCCCCGCCGCCGCCACCGCCACCUGGCAAUGAUAGCAUGGAUGCCCCACCCCGGGCAGGCCCAGGGGGUGGGCGUGGUGGCCUGUUGUCCCAGAUUCACCAGGGAACCACAUUGAAGAAGGUGGAUUCAAAUGAGAAAAGUGGGGGCUCUUCAGAUGCCCGUGGGAACCUUCUGAAGGCCAUCCAGGGUGGGGCCAACCUCAAGAGGGUGGAGCAGAAUGAGAAGCAGGCCCAGAGUGACGACAGUGCAGGUCUUGUGGGAGCUCUGGCACGUGCCCUUGCCAACAGACAGAAACAUAUCCAUGGAUCAGAUGAUGAAGAUGACGAUGAUGAUGAAGACGAUGAAUGUGAUGAUGAUGAAUGGGAUGACUAAGUGAUGUCCCAAAAUAUUUCUUGACACAGACAUUUGUCACUGAUAUGAUGCUUUCAUUCAGAUAUUGCCGGCUUAUUAAGCUUAGGGUUGGUGAUAAUACCUUACUUGUAUAUAUGUAUAUAUUCUCCAUGAUGCAUCUUGUAAUGUGAAAGUUUGUUUAAAAUUAUUUCCUUUCAUUGACUUUUAAUGGCAGAUUUGGUAUCAAUAUAUUUUAAAUUGAAAUCUUUUCAAUGUGUCUCUCAGUUGAAUUUGGGCCAAUGCAAAAGUGUUUCUAUUCCCAGUAUAAAAUUACAUGGUACUGUGAUGAAAUAGGUUUGUUUGGUUGGAGAUUGAGUAAAUUAUAAAUCAAUUUGCCGAUUUUUUUCACCAGUACCAAGGCAGUCAUGUCAGGAUCAGACAAAGCCAUUGAUUAUUUUGUCCACGAGACUUUAAAAUUCAUACAUGAACAUUUUUCAGGAAAAGUGUGUAUUUUGUUAAGGUGCCAUAACCAUGGUUACAGUUUAUGAUCUAGGAUAUUUGAUGUGUUUAUUGCAUUGCUGUGCAUUUGUUUGACAUACCAUGUUUCAAUUAUCGAAGACAACCAACACUUACGAAUUCUCCCUUUGACAAAAAUACUUCCAUGACUUUGACAGAUUAAGAUACACUAUUUUGUUUGGUAUUGCCUAUCUGUUUACUAUAAAAAAAGGCCAGAUUUGUUGAUAUUAAGUUUAUUUUAUUUUCAUUGCAGUUUUUUUAAUGUCAAAUGCUUGUUAUAUGUUAAGACAUGCUGAUUGCGAUGUCCAAUAUCUAAAGUUCUCAUGAAAGGAGACCUGAUUGGCCAGAGAGCAUUGUGGUUUAUGUGAUUAUUUUUUUAUGUCAACUCAAAUACGGACUGUCUUUGCCACAAGAAUAUUUGCACAACUGAUAAUCCAAGAAGUUUUUCAACAUGUUUCAUUUCACUUAAUGUAUACUUACUCUUAGAGCAAUAAAAACAUCAACUAUUA